CGCCCGGCCCAGCUGCAGGAUGCACGCUCCGCCGCCGCCGUCGCCGCUGCUGCUCCUACUGCUCCUGCUGCUGGCCGCCUGCGCGCCGCCCCCCUGCGCCACGGGCGUCCCGACGCCCCCGGGCUGGGAGCCGGGGGCCGACGCUCCUUGGUGCCCCUACAAGGUGCUGCCUGAAGGCCCGGAGGCGGGCGGCGGGCGCUUGUGCUUCCGCAGCCCUGCGCGCGGCUUCAGCUGCCAGGCGCCCGGCUGCGCGGUGCACGCUUCUGCCGGCCACUUGCUACGCGCCAGCGUCCUGCGCAACCGCAGCGUGCUGCUGCAGUGGCGCCUGCCCCCGGCCCAGGCGCUCCGCGUGCGCGCCUUCGCGCUCAACUGCUCGUGGCGCGGCGCCUACACUCGCUUCCCGUGCGAGCGCGUGCUGCUCGGCGCCUCCUGCCGCGACUACCUGCUGCCCGACGUGCACGACGGCGUGCGCUACCGUUUGUGCCUGCAGCUGCUGCCUCUGCGCGCCGAGCACGCCCCCGCUGGCCCCCCGGAGCCCUCCGGGCCCACCGAAUGCGUGGAGUUCGCCGCGGAGCCCGCCGGCAUGCGAGAGAUCGUCGUGGCCAUGACGGCGGUGGGCGGCUCCAUCUGCGUCAUGCUCGUGGUCAUCUGCUUGCUCGUGGCCUACAUCACGGAGAACCUCAUGCACCCGGCCUUCGGGCGCCCGGGCCUGCGCCGGCAGCCCUGAAGCUGGAGGAUCGCCAUGCAGGGCCUGCUGGAGAUGGAGAGGGCACCGGCCCGCCCGCGCCAGGGCCAGGAGUCAUCGAACGACUUUGCCAGCCUGGCAUCCGCUUCCCAGAAUCCAGUUCGGAACUGCCCCUUGGGCCUGGGCACGGGUGCCAGCUGCAUCCAGGGCUCUUCCUGCUUCCCAGAAGCCUGUAUAGGGGCCCUCAGGACACAGAACCCCUUCUAGCGAGAGCCCUUAGGACCCCGCCUGCCCGUCGCCACCCUGCAGCUGCAACCUGUGCCAAGUGGGAAGAAUUGGGCUGUCCUCCUUGCUUGGUCACUGUGCGCUUUGCCGGCCCGAGGUCCCCUCGGAGCUUGUCCUCCCACCCCACCCCAGCGGGCUUAGGUUAGCUUUGUGCCUUAGUGUCUUGGGCCCACUGCAGGAGCCAGCCAUCUUGUCCCCUGAUGUCCUUGAGAUUGGUGGGCUGUGUGUCCUUCUGGCUAGAGUCCUCCUGGGGACCCCCCUUCCCGCUUUGCAGGAGCCUCUGUAAACAGCACCCCCUAGUGUGUCCUUGCCGGGUGUCUGACGAGCUGGGAGCCAGGUGCAGUCCAGCAGGCCGGCCCGGCACCCAGCUGCUCCGGCCGUGAGUGUUCUCCGACCUUGGGGGAAGCUGGUAGGUCGGGGCUGGGUGCCUUCCCCGCUUCUCAUUUUGCAGCGCUGCCCCCGAUGACGUGCUGUGACGAGCGGGGGCCGACGGCUAGGAAGAGGGAGCCUGGUGGCAGGGCCUUGCACGGUGGUCUGGAUCCCAGGUUUCGUCCACAGCACGACAGACGACACCCCCCUCUCCCGCCCUGUCCCGGGGACCGCGAGCCCGGGAUCGGCUGGCGGGGCCACCGCCCACACACCCACUGUGGACGGAAGGCGGGCCCCGCUCCCCUCCGGGCGGACCUGAGCACCCCGGCUGAGGCUGCCUCCUGCGCUGACCGCCCGGCGACACCCAGUGCUCACUCUCCGUGAGGCCCCGACCGUGACCACCCUGGACCUGGCAUUUCUGGAGUCACUGUGGCUAACCCCUGUGGCCCUCACCCUAGCGACCACCAGCAACCCCCGGCCCUGGCUGGUGCCCCUGCCUCCCGCCGUCUCCACCCUGCCCACCCCUGGCGUGGCACCGCUCAGGUGUGAGCCUGGUGCCAGUGUCCACAAUGUCCAUUGU